UUAAAGCAAAUUGCAUACAUUGGAGCUACAAUUAUAUUUAAAAAAUUAAAAGAAACAUAUUGUACAUUCUAUAAAAUGAAGUUAUAUGUGAUUAUUAUGCUUAUUGGUCUAAUAUUGGAAUUAGUGAAAUUUAGUGAAAAUUAUAAAAUUAAAGCAUAUAAAUAUCAUAAUCCCCAUUCAUGGCGACGUCCAAGAUGGCAUCCAUUUCCAAAACAUCGGAAACAUUAUCAUUCCAAAAGAGGGCCAUCACAAAAGUAUCAUUAUUACGAACCAGAACAAGAGUAUCACAGAUAUGCACCCCAUCAUGAUUCGGUAGAUACAUCGGAACAUGAUAAACCUUAUGUCAUAGUUAUACAACUUCCACAAAGGAAGGAACUUCCUAAAAAGGAAAAGGAGAAAUAUCCCUACGAGCGUCUGCAUACUAUAGAUCCUCCGCGAGAUGCUGAUUAUAUUGACGAUAACAAUGAUGAGCUGAAAGUAUACCAGCUUAAUAACAAUUAAAAGUCAAAUAAUCAAUUGUUAGUUUUUACUUUCUAACAUAUGUUAUAAUCCAAUAAUAUGAAAAAUUUUAUAACAAUAUGAAGAAUUUAUAAAGUUAAAUUUUAGUUUAGAUAU